UGAGGUAAAAACAUAAACAAAUCAAACCAUCAACAAUGUCCUCACCCGAAAGGCCAAAACUCAAAAUCAUUAAAUCAAAAAGAAGAAAAGCAAAAGAUACUAGUACAUAGUUGCAUCAAUGGCCAUUUUAGGAUUCUCAAACACACCACAUGUACUGUCUUCUUCUUCUUCCAAUUCUUUGGGAUUUUACCAUAGCACUCUCUCUUCUUUCGCUGGAAUACAAUGUUCUCCAGAAAAACCUCUGCAAACGACAACGGUUCAGAAUCUCCAGCUCCUUGCCCGCAAAGAAAUCUGCAAGAUUAAGGUUGUCGGCGUCGGUGGCAGCGGCAACAAUGCUGUUAACCGUAUGAUCGGCACCGGGUUACAGAUACCUGGACUGAUAAAUGUGGAUUUUGCUGAUGUAAAGGCAAUCAUGAAAGAUUCAGGAACGGCUAUGCUUAGAGUUGGGGCUUCUUCCAGUAGGAACCGUGCUGAAGAAGCAGCUGAAGAGGCAACUUUGGCUCCUUUAAUUGGUUCUUCAAGUCGUUUCAAAGACUUGUCCAGUUGAACAUGAGUUCAGAAUCAAGAAUGCAAGAUCACGGAACAUAUCAAUUAUCAAAUCACACCAAGCAAUGCAAGAAAAGAGAAGCAGAGGGAAGAUUCAAGUUCGAAUUCUACCGGACGCACAAUCAAAUGUAUUUGUUCUUUUUGCAUUUACAGUAUACCUUUUUUCCUCUCAUUUACAGGUACUUGAUCAACACAUAUAUAGCUGCAACAAGCAGAACAAUCCCAGUCACUGAUAAAAGCAUGCACAUGCAAGAGCAACCACCCUUUGUGCGUUUGUUCAAAAUUGCAAGCUUCCUCCCAACUCGCUGUAUCAGGAAGACGAAGAGGAACCACUGAGUUAAAUGUGAAUAGCGAAUUAUAACCAAGACAGUAUUGUAGAAGAAAAAAGAUGAAGGAAAGUACUGCAUCGCUCUAUCAAUAUCCUACAACUCGCACAAAUGUGUAUAAAAGCAGAAAACUGAAAAAUCUCAGCCAUAUCACCAAGCUUCAUAAGUGUAUAACUGCUCAGCUAACAUGCAUUGACAUCUAUUACAUUCUCCGAUUCAACAAAUACAUACUCAAGCAAUCAAUGGAGUAUAAAAGGCAAAGCAAACUUGAAAGACAAACUUUGGGUGCAAAUCCACAAGGGAAGAGCAGCAGCAGGACACCCAAAAUUUACCCUUGAUAUUCUUCUAAGAGCCGAGAGUUGGAAGUUCUUUGACUACGAGUAUUAUGUUUAAUAUGUUGUUCCUCUGGUGCUUCAUUAUACAAACUUACCAUUCUCAACAGAAAAGGUAAUUUGUCCCUCAAAUUGCAAGUUCACAAGUAUCAAGAUAAUAGGACAUUUUCUUUUCUUGUUUUCUCUUUUCUUUUCCGCCUAAAGCUCCUAGAGAACAUGCUUUACUUUCAAAUGGGCUCACAUUUAAAGCUUCUGGAUAAGAUUGUGAAUUUGAGGAAGUCGUAAUUUUCAAACUUCCCUGAUUUCCAAAGAUAUCACACACAUUUUUCUCGAGAA